UUGAGGUGAACCCUGGUGCAUAAAUAGAGAGGCUCCCCGCUGCUGGCACACUCAGAAGCUUGGACCGCUCCUGGCUGCUCUCAAGAGGCAGGUGGGUGGGGAAUCCAGAUUUGCCAUGGAGAAAAUUUCAGUGUCAGUAUUCUUGCUCCUUGUGGCCCUGUCCUACACCCUGACCAAAGAAACCACAGUGAAACCCGGCGCCAAAAAGGACACCAAGGACUCCCGACCCAAACUGCCCCAGACCCUCUCCAGAGGUUGGGGCGAUCAACUUAUCUGGACUCAGACAUAUGAAGAAGCCUUGUACAAAUCCAAGACUAGCAACAGGCCGUUGAUGGUUAUUCAUCAUUUGGACGAAUGCCCACAUAGUCAAGCUUUAAAGAAAGUAUUUGCUGAAAAUAAGGAAAUCCAGAAAUUGGCAGAACAGUUUGUCCUUCUCAAUCUAGUUUAUGAAACAACGGACAAACACCUUUCUCCGGACGGCCAGUAUGUCCCGAGGAUUCUGUUUGUGGACCCGUCCCUGACGGUGAGAGCGGACAUCACCAGCAGGUACUCAAACCGUCUCUACGCCUACGAACCUUCAGACACGGCUCUGCUGCUUGACAACAUGAGGAAAGCCCUCAAGCUGCUGAAGACUGAGUUGUAGAGGAAAAAACAAAACGUGCAAGCUUUUCCCCACAUGCCAGGCCUUGAGACUCGGAACCAGUGACAUUAGAAGACUGAAGCAAAGCACUGGCCAACAUGCUCAUUAGAUUAUGGUUUAAUGUUACAACCACUUUUUAUUUUUAAA